AUGUUGAAUGUAGACAUGAACUUGUUUUUGAAUUUGGACCCUUACAUGGCGGACGAUGGAUCUGUAGUCAUACCUCCGGAAGACGAACGCCCUGCGUCGGCUCCAUCGAACUGCGGAACGGAUGGUCGCAUUUGGGCAGUUUGCUUUCCUGAACGGACCACAGAUUCCAAUACGGUUGUCGAGACCUUUGACGGCCCUCAACAGGACAACAGCUUUCUGAGCGAGUUUGCCGUAGUGUACGACAUGAUGCUCUCUCGCGUUACGGAUUCUGCUACUUUGGCUGCAGUGCAAGAGUCAGCGCCCGAAGGAUUCCCUGGAAGUCUACCACGGGGAGGUGGUGACUGCUUUCUUGGUCUCAACUCGGUGAGGAACGCGUGGAACAGCGCCAUGUCACUAUUCGGCAUGAACGAACCAUGA